AAACACAUUUCUUGUAAUACCUUAAGUAUUUCCGACAGAACUUUACUGCGAUACACACACUAGAAAUGCUCCCCAAGUGACCUCCAUAACUCCGGCGAGAUAUAUUAUUUCCUCCUGGCUUCGAGACAGGCUUGAUCCAGGGCCAUCAUGAACCGAGAUUCUUCAGAUGAUGAAGAGGAUGUCUUCUCCUGUGGUCGCUGUAAGGAGAAUUUCUCCAAUAUGGAGAGUUUUAUGGAGCACAAGAAAAGCCAGUCAUGUCGCAAAACCAAACAACGCCCACUGGAAAAUCAACAGCAGAGGCAUUCCCUACUCCCUGAAAUUCCAAUAGGCUCAUCUGAGCAAACAGUACAGGACAGUGCUGAGGAAACAAUGCGGGGAUCAACAGCAUCCACAACCUCUCCGGAGAAUAGUCUCAAUCAAGGUCUUGUACCCAGCGACCCGGAGUACAAUCCUCAGGCAUCCUUUCCAAGACUUCAAGAUGUCCUCACAGUGCUCCAGGGAGGACAACUAAUGGGUCAAUUAGACGUAUCCUCAGAGCUUUCGGAGCUUGGGGAGAGUCGGAUGUUGAUUCAAGUCCUUGAGAGAAUCCUGGGUCCAUUAAGCCGAAAUGCUCUCUCUGCAACAACAGGAAUAGUGUACAGUCCUAGUGUUGGUUGUGAUAGUACUGAGAACUCAUCUAACGAAAAAACAGUAAGCUCUGAUUCAUCCAACAUCCCGAACACACUGAGAGAAAGUGAAGACGUAACAUAUCAAACUGAGGUUACAAGUCCCACUGAAGAUAUAUCCCUUAAAGACACAGACACAAGCCAAGUUAGACAAAAAUCAACACUUGAAGAAAAUGCUUCUGGGUCCGUAAGUCAAAAGCUAGGAUCUGAAGGACAGCAAACUUUAAAACCAGCAGGACAACAGCUGACUAAAUCUAAACAGAGAAAAAGAAUUACGGAUCAGCAAGCAUUAUCACCACAGUCUGCUUCUUCCCCUGAAUCCCUAGAAACAGGUGUGGUCAGCAUCAAGGCUGUGAUGUGCAAGUUUUGCUCUGAAACCACAUCAAACAGUGAUGGCCUCUUCAGCCAUUACAUGGAGGUUCACAAAAUGAGGAGUGGGGCAGCGUUGGAGUUUUUGCAACAGUCAACUUGUCGGAGCAAGAGGGGGCGUCCACCCAAGGGACUUGCCAUUAGCAAGAAGCGAAAACCAAUACUUUGUCCACACUGCAGCGUGUCAUUCAACAGCAAAUCACUUUGUGCUGCUCACAUUAGAAAACACCACCGUGACACUGCAGUACCACCAGUUUCCAAGACAACAGAUCUCCCGUCUAGUAGACGGCGGAAAUGUGCCAGGUGCAGUUUCCAAACAUUCACUGCCAAAGACUUGACUGCUCACAUACAUAGUUGUCAUAGCAACAAAGGGGAUAUUGUAGGCAAGCUUUUGCUACUCACCACAGAAGAAAAGAAUAAUUCUGCCAAGAUCACACAAUCAGAAGGCAAACCAAAAACACAAAGGAGGCAGAAACGACCCAGGAAUGCAACAGAAGACGUUAUCAGGGAGCAGGAUGAUGAUGGUUUCAAUGGUGGCAGUGGAGACAGUGAAGAGGAGAUGAUGGAGGAAGGUGAUAAAGAUGAAAUAGGUGAUGGACAAGAAAUGAACAGUGCUUCAGGAAAAGCACAAGUCAAAUGCCCAGAGUGUAACAAAAAGAUGUAUCAACGUGGACUCAAGCGCCACCAAGUGCGAUGCAUCAACAAGAACCGCUUCAUCUGCCCACUAUGCCAGCACAAAUCAAGAGAGUCUUAUGACCACACAGUCCAUGUCGACAAUCAUCGGAUCUGGGUGAAAGCUCAAGCCAGCUGGGCUGAUCAAUCCACAGGGUCCAGGCCAGAAGGCGCGGUCACUUCCACUGAAGGAAUGUCAUCCUCUGUUAACAUCAAUACAAUGAUGGCUGAUGUUGAUAAAGUUGAUUAUACUUCCACUGUGGACCUUCAAGCAUUGGCCCUCAUAACCCAAAUCCAAGGUGAGACCAGUCUGCUGGAGCAGAACCAACAGCUACUGACAUCCAGUGACUCUGGAGUCAUGGAACAAGACACACAGAAAUCUGAGAUCUGUGAUGUUUCAUUACUCUCAAAAGGCACGGGGGCAAAAAACGGAGAAGCUCAUACUGAACAGGAGCCAAGGUUUGUUGAUGGAGGCGACAAGAAGCUAAACCCUCGGGAUUUGAAGUGCAAGACUUGCUACACUUGGUUCAGCCGCACCAGCCUCCCCAAGCACAUGUUGCAAGUGCACAAUAUGGUGAAGAGAUUCCAGUGCCGAGAGACAGCAUGCAGGUUGAUCUUUGCCAAGCUAGAGGACUUCAAGGCUCACAUCGUCUCACACCCCGCAGCGAAUACAUUCAGGUGCGGUUGUCGAGGCUGUGUAAAACGACGGCUGAUCACGCCAGAAACCAUGGACAACCUUCGCAAAGAGAAGAUGAGGGACUACUACAAGCACAUGAGCUAUAAAUGCAGCAAGUGUUGGGUGAAAUUCCCUAGUCAGGGUAGCUUAGAUAGGCACAUGAAGCAGGAGAGCCAUAUCCAUCCUUGUGAAGUUUGCGGCAAGAUCCAAGUCAGCAAGAGGCAACUUCGCAUGCACAUGGUCACCCACCAGGCAGAGCGCGCUUACUUGUGUGAGGUGUGUGGCCAGAACUUCAAGACUAAGCGUGAUCUAAACAAGCACACCUUCUCACACAAUAACAUCCGGCCUUACCAGUGCCCAAACUGUGACAAACGCUUCAGUUUCCGCAACAAGAUGAACAGACACAUAGUGACUGUGCACUCAGGUAAAAAACCAUUCAAUUGUGACUGGUCUGGUUGUGACAAGGCAUUCUCUCGCAAGGAUAAACUUGCUGAACAUAUCAAGACUCAUCAGGUCUCAUACCCCUUCAAAUGCCAGCACUGCAACAAAGGCUUCUACCGUAAGGACAACCUGAAAGACCAUGAGAUAGUCCACACCGGGGAUUUCCCCUUCCGCUGUGCAGACUGCAACCGAGGCUUCAUGCGACCAAAAAUCCUGGAGAGACACCAUCUGACUGAGCACCCACCACCUGCUGUGACAACCCAAAUCACUCUUCAGGCAAGUGUCACUCAAGACGUUCAGGCAGAUUCCCCAGGUCAAUCCAUCAGCUACGUACUCUGUGAACCAUACGUCUAUGCCAACAUCGACCAGCUGACUUCCUUCCAAGACAGCGUCCAAGAGACAGAUGUGCAGUUGAUGCCCAGCCAGCGUGCAACCAUUGAAGCUAUCCAGAAUGCUGCAGCCGCUGUCAUUGGCAACGGACAAGCCCAAUUUCAGAUAGACGGAACUGAUCCAUUUCCAGUCAUUACCUUAGGCACAUAGCCAUAUUUUUCCUCUGCCUAAACAUUUUCAAGUGAACAUUGCUCUUGCAUUGGUCAGUACACACAUAAUUGACUCGGAGUGUCAAAAUUUUAAGAAUUCUUGCGCCUUAAUGCAUUUUCAACACUUACAUGUUCAUGUACUCCUUGGUUAUGGAAGAGCAGAACCUUCCUAGAAAGCAGUUUCAAAUACCCUGCUUUUAAGCCUUGCUCACUGAAGUCAAAUACCUAUCGCUCCAACUUACGUUUCUGUAGGCAAUCUGCAAAACAGGUCAAAUAUUUUUACACUUCAAACAUGUUACAGAGUGCCGUAGAUUGAAAAUUAUAUUCUCCUCUCUAUGUGGUUUCUCCCUAAGAAAAAAAAACAGUAGAAAUAAGCAUGUGUUGAAUUAUUCUCAGGAGUUACGCUUUCUACAAGUAUUGACAGACACAUUGGUGUUUGGAUGUUGACGUUAACAAAGUUCUGCUUGUUUACCAAUGGUAAAUGACUGUUGAGCUUUAUUUCAAUACAUUCAGCUCGUAUUUCAAUGGUGUUAUUUCGUGCAACACAUUAAAAUACUACAGUUGCAAAUAAAAUGGAUGGAAUUGGGCUAAUGGAAAAGAUGGUUUCCGGUUAAUUUCCCUGGAUAUUUUAAUUUCAGUCAUAAAAUUACGCACAUCAGGGUUCUCUUUUAUCCUGAAGUUCCCUCCUAAAAAGUGAGUCAUGUAAGUUUUGAUCUUGAAUAGUCCUGGAAAAUUCCGCCGUUAUGUCUGAAAAGGAAUGUGUUGCCAUUAGGUUCUUAGAAAUAAAAAUGUGAAGAUGGUUUAAUAAGAAGUUUUCAUAACAAAGCUUGGGCCCUGAAGACUAAAAUGUCUAUUAAUAUGUGGUGUCAAUUUAUUGACUUGACAUUACAAAAAUAAAACUCAUGAACUAUUAAAACUGAAGUAAACUUGAUAAGUUUAUUUCUUGAAUUCGUGAAUGUUAUCAACUUACUCCUAAAAUAACAUGAUUGUUUAGUUGAUGUUA